AUGAGUGGUCAACAACAACAGUGGGGUGGUGAGCCUAAGCAGCAACCAGGCUCAGAUGCCGAAUCCACAUCCUCACCUAUACCUGCACCCCUCGUCUUUUAUGAUGCUGGAUCUGUGCUUUCUGUUCCAGUGACGCCGCAGCAAGUCAUGGCGUUUAAUCCACGUGAACAAUCUCGAACUGUACAUAUAAUGCCAGAUGGAAGUGAGUACUAUGGUGAUUUUCUUCUUGAUAGACCACAUGGAAUUGGUAUCAUGUUAUUUAAAUCCACAUCAGCUACAUAUGGGAGUGGUGAUAGAUACGGUGGAGCAUGGCAUAAUGGUUUAUUUCAUGGUGAAGGUGUUUUAAUAACAUCUGGGUUUACAUAUCAAGGUGGAUUUUAUGAGGGAAAAAUGCAUGGACAUGGACGUAUGACAUACAGUCGACGUGUUUCAGAUAUGGUAUUGCGUGGAAUUUCUGUUUUCUCCCCAUUUGAGCAAACGAACGCACCAUUGGAGUAUACUGGUGAUUUCCAUCAUACACAUCAUCGUCAUGGACGAGGAAUGGCACGAUACGUCAAUGGAGAUGUAUACGAUGGUGAUUGGAUAUCUAAUCGUCGUCAGGGACAGGGAAAACUUGUAACGGAGAGUGGUGAAGUAUAUGAAGGACAAUGGGAUAGGGAUGAACGUCAUGGAUAUGGUAAAAUUAGUUAUGCUGAUGGUGGUCAAUUUAAAGGUAUGAUGGUCCAUAAUAAACGUCAUGGUGAGGGUGUUAUGUUGUUUUCUAAUGGAGAUGAAUAUUAUGGUACUUUUACAAACGAUACCAUACGAGGACAGGGAACUAUGCGUUACAAAAAUGGAGAUGUUUAUGAAGGAAUGUGGAAAGAUGGUCUUCGUAAUGGUGAGGGUAAAUAUACACUUCGUAAGCAAGGAGCUAUAGUAGAAGGUUGUUUUGUACAUGGACUUAUUCAAGGAAGAGGUGUGGUUCAACAUCCUGGAGUUUCCACCUUUGUAGGUGAGUUUGACCGUGGAGAACGAAAGGAAGGUACAAUAUUUUGGCAUGAUAGUUUCCCUGAUGAUAAAUCGUGUUAUCAAGGAGAAUGGCUUGGUGAAAAGAUGCAUGGUCAUGGUUUAUUAUGGUAUCGCAAUGGUGAUUUUUUCUUUGGACGAUUUGUUAAAAAUAAGAGGCAAGGACCAGGUAAUAUCCGCUACGCAGAUGGAACAGAGUAUAGUGGUUACUUUAAUAAUGACGUACGUGAGGGAGAAGGAAUUUUACAAGGAACGAAUGGAUCUAUUCAAGCAGGAUUAUGGUGUGGAGAUGCUUUCAUAGAAGGAUAUGAUGGUGAAUGGGGUAAUAAAACUUUUAAUGGUAUAGGACACUUACAAUUACGUGAACCAUCAACUGUCGGAAUUUCAGGAAUUAAUAAUAGUAGUAGUGGUAAUAGUAGUCCUCGUAUGGGAAAUACAAAAGAUAGUUCUUCUGUUAUUGCUUCUGCUGCAGCUGCUGUUGCUGCAGGGACACCACCGAUUAUAGAAUACUUUGGUCUUUUUCAGAAUGGUGUGCGUCAAGGUCCUGGGAUUCUUCGACUUGCAGGACAUACCAUUAUGGGAGAUUGGAAUAAUGAUGUAUUGGAUUGUGAAGCAGGAUCAUGGGAGUUUCCUUCUGGUGAUUUAUAUAUGGGUAGUUUUAAAAAUGGAAAUCGUGAUGGGAAUGUAGGUCGUAUAUGGUUUGCAGAUGGUUCAUUCUUUAUUGGUCGUUGGAAAUUGGAUGCACCUCUUGGUGAGGGUGUAUUUCAUGCAACAGAUCCAAAAGAUCCUAUUUAUGCUCCUGAGGAAAGUGAAGUUAAUACAGGUGAUACAGCAACUUCUUCUUCUUCUAAUAAUAAUAAUACCAAAAAUGUUAAGGGGAAUGAGGAAACUAAUAAAAAUAGUAGUAAUAGUGGUGGUGGUAACUCUUUUGGUAUGAUGAAUAUGUUUAUGAACCUUUUUCGUCGAAAAUUAUCAGAGGAAGAAGAAGAUAAGAGAGAGAUUAUUGGAUUUCACGACCAUUAUGUGCUUAUAGGUGAAUGGGAACUAGCAAGAUUACCCUAUACCCUUUAUCAAUCUAUUAUGUCACGAGUUUCUUCUAGUGUUAGUAAUACAAACUUAUCUAAACCACCUUUAUCCAUAUCUGUGGGUAUGCAAGAGCGUCACGGUGUUGUUGUAUUUAAAUCUGGUGUAGUUGUGCGUACAGAAUGGUUACAAAAUCAUCCACGUCUAAUGCUUCCACAUCGUUGGGAUGCACCUUUGCACCAAAAGAUUUAUCCCAUACAGAAUGGUGAUAAUCGUAACAAUACAAAUCCUGGUGUUACAACUGGACAGAAGGCGUGUACCUUUUGUGAUAAGGUAUAUACAUUUUUCCGGAAGGAAACCACGUGUACGCUUUGUGAGCGUAGUAGUUGCAGUUCAUGUCUUCAUCCCAUAGAUGUACGUGGUCAUCCACAAAUUGAGGCUUUGGUACGCCUUCGUAUGGGGUCUCCAACAGGUGGUAUUGGAGGUACUAGUAGUAGUAGCAGUCCUGGUAGUGGUGGUAAUGAGAAUAUGAGUAGUGGUAGUGGUGGAGGUACUGUUGUUGCCGAUAUUUCUGCACUUCCAUCUCAGGUUCCAGCGUGUUUUGACUGUGGGCGAGCAGCGUUACUUGGGUUAGAAUUUAAUACCAUUUGGUUACCUAUGCGUUACUGUCAGGGAUUUGCCAAAAGUGAAGAGGAUGAAAAUUCCAGAGAAGGAGGGGAGAAAAAGGAAUCGGCAACGGCAGUAACAACGACAACAACAGCAACAGCAACAGUAACAUCAGGGUUGUCAAUAACAACGCCUUUGACGCCGGAAUCAUAUGAUAGGGAACAACGUUUACUGAAAAGUAUAACAUCUUUUAUUCCUAUGGAGGAAGAUUAUAAGGAAGUGGAAAGGGAGGAGUAUAUUGUGUAUGAGGGAUAUACCUGUAGGUCUGUUCCACAUAUUUAUGGUUCCCUUUGGUGGGGUAAACGUCAUUACUACUGUGGUGACUUUCAGGAGGGCCGUCGUCAUGGUCGUGGUGUGCAGAUCUUCCCCAAUGGUGAACAGUAUGUUGGUCAGUUCAUUGAUGAUGUCUGGGAUGGACCUGGUGUGUAUUGUGCGGAUGAUGGAACGGUGUAUGAAGGUUUAUGGCGUGAGGGUCGCCUUGCAACGUUGCGGUAUCGUGGAGAAGUGGAUGCGCAGCAGCGGCCGCAUGGUUGUGGAGAGUCGUACAGUGCAGAUGGUGGUCGGUAUAAUGGGGAGUGGUCUCAUGGUGUCUGGCACGGUACUGGGAUUGAGCAGCGAGGGAAUGGAGUGGUGUACCGUGGAGAGUUUGUGUCUGGAGAACGUGAGGGACGUGGGAAACUUGUGGGCCUUGCGAGUGUGUUUGAUGGGGAGUUUGUCGCUGGACGACGUGAAGGACGUGGGAUGGAACGAUUUGGGGAGUGUAUGGUAGUGGGCGAAUGGCGUAGAGAUGUGCUGGUGGGUGCGGUCCGUGUGUAUGAUGGCAUUACACAGACGGUAUAUGAUACUACCUUUGCGGAUAAUAGUGAUAGUAAUAACACUAAUAAGAAUAAGAGUAACAAUGAUAAUAAUGGUGUUGCUGGUGGUGAUGAUAAUAUGUGUGGAGGGGAACGUGAUGACUGUUUUGCACCUCCUGUGAUGGUGGAUGAUAUGCAUAGUCCCACCUGUGCACUUUGUCAUGUCUCCUUUUCACUCUUUCUACGUCGACAUCAUUGCCGUCUCUGUGGUUUUGUCGUCUGUGAUGCCUGUUCGCAGCGGCGGGUGACACUACCGGCGCAUUUUAAGUUGGAGGGCCCACAGCGGGUGUGUGAUGCCUGUUCACAGCGGCUUAAACAGCGGCGGAUGUUGGGAGUCAAACGUUAUCUCAAUGGGGAGGUGUAUGCGGGCUGUUGGUCGCAGGGGCAAUGGGUCUCACGGGGCCUUUUUCGCCGUCGUGAUGGAAGUAUGAUUGUGAUGGAUAUCGCCGGACGUCCACUGCAGGGAAAUAAAGAAACAACAACAACAACAACUACUACUACUACUAAUACUACUACUGAUAAUAAAACGGAAACAUCCAAGCCAUCUGGUGAUUCUGUGUUGGAUGCGGCACCUGCAGUGGAGGAACUUCGACUACUCCCGGCAUCUCCUAAUGCGGCGGUGGAUGCCUUUUCACUGUGGUGGGGUAUGAUGCUCACAGUUGCAAAUCUUCAUGUGCCGUUAGAUCUCACUCCACUCACAGAGUUUGUACUCCCACGACCAGAAGAGAUGAAACCACUCAAACUAUUCUCUACAGUGAGUAGCGCACAUGAUAAUUCAGCGGCUGUACGUGCGGUGAAGUAUACACCCGCUAUAGCUCCACGUCCACCUCCCUGCCCUGUACCACAACCUCCAUCAUCAUCAUCAACAUCAACAUCAUUAUCAUCACAAACAAAACAAGAAGGAUUAAGUGAACAACAUGAGUUAUUUAUGAUACCACCACGGCCAAUCAUUUGUGACUCCAUUCUUGAGCAACGAGUUAAAAAUAGUCGAAUGGAGAUAUUCCCCGCCGUACCACCAACAUCAUAUAAUAAUUCUUCUUCUUCUUCAGAUACAAAUAAUGUCGUCAUGCUUUCCUGCUAUACACAAGAGACGCUACUCCCACCCACACCGCAACCCCCACCGGUAAACACUAAUGAACAUGUACCAUGGGAUGAUUGGAAUGUGCGCCCUGUGCCUAAAAUCCGCAAUGCUACUGCGGGUACAGGUACGACUGCAGAGUGGCAUCAAAUGCCGUUUGCGUGUUUGUUUAUGCGGCCGGAUGUAAACGAUGUGGAUCGUGUCGUUCGUGGGGAGACAGCACGGUGGAGCCCAACGCCGAUGAAAGGGCCGCAGGUGUUUACGGUGACCGAUACACUCGCAGAAGGCGUGAUUGUGGAACAAAAUGAUGUAAAUCCUUCAAGUCCGAUGUGA